AUGUUUGGGAAACAAGACAAAAUGGACGUUAGAUGCAAUUCAGAGCUGGAAACCAACCGGCUCUCCAAGAACGGGCAUAAAGAAGGCAAGGAAAGCAAAAGCUCCGAAGGAAAUAUUUCGAAUUCUUUUUUGAAAGAACCGCAAGGGACUUUUUCGGCUUCGGGCGUCUCGGAAGACUGCAAUAAAAAUAAAUCCAGUUCCGCUGACCCGGAUUAUUGCAGAAGAAUACUAGUCCGAGAUGCCAAAGGUUCCAUCAGGGAGAUCAUUCUUCCCAAAGGGCUUGAUCUCGACCGCCCCAAGAGGACUCGAACUUCUUUCACUGCCGAACAACUUUAUAGGCUUGAGAUGGAAUUCCAGAGGUGCCAAUAUGUGGUUGGACGGGAAAGAACAGAGCUGGCCAGGCAGCUCAAUCUCUCAGAAACUCAGGUUUCCUCCUUUCAAAGAGAGUUUUUCAACUUGAUCAGCAUCUAA